UUUCCUCCUGUGUGUGCAUAUAUAUAUAUAUAUAUAUUUUAAAAAGAUGUGAACAUUGAAAAGUCAACGUAUUGCUUUAAAAAAAAAAAAAGAGGGGACUUUUCUUGUAAGAAAAAAUGGAGAAGAUUGACUGAAAAAAUUCUUUAUUUCUCAUUUCGUGUGCUUCCAUUUCAUUCAAUCCAAACUGAUCAAUAAAGUUUGCUCUCUCUCUCUCUCUCUCUCUCUCUCUCGCUUUCUCUUGCUUUUGGGUUACCGUGUGUGAUCUGACAUUUCAACUGCUGUUGAAGAACUGGGAAGGUAAUACGGGCUUUGUUGAGGACAAGAUACAAAUUUCAUUGGAGGUAUUGGUUUGCAUAGCAACCUGGUGAUGACUUGUUUUUAUUCAUUUUUCAGAAAGAAGAGAGCUUCCCCACCUAGACAUAGUACAGAAGUUGAUGAUGUGGUUUCAAGCAUUCAGAACACAAACUUGUACACUUACAGAGAAUUGCGAACAGCUACUGAAAACUUUAGUCCAGCCAACAAAAUUGGAGAGGGAGGUUUUGGUAGUGUAUACAAGGGAAGGCUCAAAGAUGGCACUGCAGCUGCCAUAAAGGUGCUAUCAGCUGACUCAAGGCAAGGAGUGCGUGAAUUCUUGACAGAAAUAAAGUUAAUUGCAGAUGUAGAGCAUGAGAAUCUGGUUAAGUUGUAUGGUUGUUGUGUGGAAGAAAAUAAUAGAAUUUUGGUUUAUGGCUAUCUUGAGAAUAACAGCCUUGCACAAACACUUUUAGGUGGAAGCCAUAGCAGCAUCCAGUUCAGUUGGCCAACAAGGUGUAAGAUAUGCAUAGGUGUAGCUCAGGGGCUUGCAUUUCUUCAUGAAGAAGUCCAGCCACAUAUUGUUCAUAGAGACAUCAAAGCAAGCAAUAUCCUCCUUGAUAGAGACCUCAUGCCCAAAAUUUCAGAUUUUGGUCUAGCUAAGCUUUUCCCAGCCAACAUGACCCAUAUAAGCACACGAGUUGCUGGAACAGCAGGUUAUUUGGCACCUGAAUAUGCUAUUCGAGGCCAGUUGACGAGGAAAGCAGAUAUAUACAGUUUCGGCGUUCUACUCCUGGAGAUUGUUUGUGGGAGAUCCAACACGAACAGACGGUUACCCCCAGAAGAGCAAUAUCUUCUUGAAAGGGUAUGGCAAACGCAUGUGAAAGGGGAACUGGCGAGUCUUGUAGACGCAUCAUUGAAUGAGGAUUAUGAUGCAGAAGAGGCGUGCAGAUAUCUGAAGAUUGGUCUACUUUGCACACAAGACAAGCCAAAACUCAGGCCAACUAUGUCUACUGUGGUAAAGAUGCUAAGGGGUGAGAUCAGAGUGAAUGACACUAACAUAUCGAGUCCUGGAUUGCUUUCUGAGUUCAUGGGUAUCAAAAGGGACCAAGGCCACAGAGAUAAAGCCAACUUGAAGAAGUCAUCUAACACAGAUUCUGCUGGUUCGAGCAGGGUGGCUAAUGUAAAGAACUCAUCUAAUUACACAGAAUCUGCUGGUUCAAGUAAGCUGGACGAUUCAUCUUCAUCAUCAGCAAUGGCCACUUCAUAUGCUACCAUGACCUUCAAUUCCAUAUAUGACAGAAGCAGUUGAUUUCUGGCAUUUUGAUGCUGCUUUGCUCCCCGCUUCUCUCUCUCUCUCUUUUUUUUUAGCUUUUAUUUUUGAGCAAAUAGCUUGGUGUAGGCUUAUCUGUUUUCUUGUGGGUUUAUUUUUGAGGUUUUCCCUGUAAAGUUCUUUGUUAAGAAAAAAAAAAAAAAUUGGCCA